CUGGGGACUAAUACAGCUAUGUGAAAACACCGAGACUCAACUUAAUGCAGCUUUUGUAUUUGGAACUGUGUUUUCUUCAUCUUGUUCCAUCAGUGCCCUGAGUUUGUGGAAUCAGAAGAAAUACCCCCUGGAGUUCUUCGAUAUCUACCUGGACUACACAGACGGUACUGAGAGACGACUCUACAAGGUCCCCUUGCUCAUCAGCAACUACAGAGACGUGUCUGGCCGCAGAGUCAAUGAUGGUGCUAUGGCAGACUGGCAGCUCACUCGAAGAUUGUUCUUGGUUGACAAUGAGGCCACAAUCACAACUUCCACAUCACCAGAUGUGCAGACUGCACCCAAUGCAACCUAUGUGCGAUAUGUACAGUCAAUCCAGCUGGUCCUGAGUCUGCAGGCAGGAACGACUGAUGGCAAGAUCAACCCUCCAUACUUCAAGAUAACGUACGGCGAGGUGGCCAGGGAGGCUGCACAGGGUGGUCAGAAGGUUUCGGUGUCAUUCAGCGUCACCUACUCAAUGGACCAGGGGAAGUAUACUCGCGACUUCCAGAUUGCCACCGGUACACUAGGUACGUUGUCAGUGUUGUACGCAGGCUACAGGACAUGGGUGUGGUCGAAACGGGGCCGCAGAGCUGCCAUUGACUUCCCCACCAUCAUCAACUUCAUCUUCUACCUGGCUGGCUCUCUAGCCAACACUUUCUUCAUCAUCACAUUCGGGAUUUCCUUCUACUGGCUCAUCUUCUACAAGAGACAGAAUGCAGUAUACCUGGUCCACCCAUCAGGUCAGGCCCUAGAAGACUGGCUCGCCCUGUUCGGAUCAUCCUUUGCCCUGAAGACUCUCAGCAUCAUCCACAUGAUGGUUUUACAGUGCACCACAGACAUCUUCCUCAUAGACUGGGAGCGACCCAAAGGUGUCCAGGAAACAUCAAAGGAUGGCCGGAAAUCUGGAGGAACUCCUGUGUCAAUCUGGCGGACAUAUUUUGUGGCAAAUGAAUGGAAUGAAAUUCAGGCAACAAGAAAAAUUAGCCCUGUGCUUCAGGUGUUUGCUGUCGUGUUCUUCCUGAAAGUGGUGGGGUUCGAAAAUGUUGCUACAAUGGAUCCUGAUGGAAGCGUGUUGAAGAAUGCUGCAGAUUACCAGAGUCAACAGUCCUACGUAUACAGAUACGCCGUCGCUGUUCUUGUCUACCUCUUGGUUGCCAUAACUCAGUGGAUCUUCUACGUGUUCAUCUAUGAGAGGUUCAUUGAGGAUCCAGUACGCCAGUUUGUAGACUUGUGCUCCAUGAGUAACGUGAGUUUGUUCAUCAUGGCUAACUCAGCAUAUGGCUACUACAUCCACGGACGGUCCGUGCACGGCAAGGCCGACACGGAUAUGAAGGAGAUGCACCAGAUGAUGAAGAGGGAGGAGCAAGACAUGUGUGGCCAACGUGGACUGAUGCCGAACACAGAACAGCAAACAUUCCAGAUGACCCUGCCUAGCAGACUGCGAGACAAAUACGACCAGGUCUACCUCCCUGCAGCUCUAGAUACAGCCAUGGCUGGGAAUAGAGAGGCAGGGAACAAGGGCAAGAUCACAGACAAGAGUGUCGAGGCCUACACCAUGCUGAACAAAUUCCUACAGGCCUUCAUUGACCAUGUGAGUAUGAUUUAAAUGGUAUUUUUGAAC